AUGCAGGCCAUGGACGCGGCCGUGGCGGAUUUGUACGAGGAGGACGGCAAGGACCUAGCGGGCUACGACUUCGAGCCGCUCCCCACUCUGCCGGAGGACGAGGAGAACGUGUCCCUGGCCGACAUCCUGUCGCUGCGGGACAGCGGCCUCAGCGAGCAGGAAGCGUGGGCCGUGUGCCUGGAGUGCAGCCUGUCCAUGAAGAGCGUUGCCCACGCGGCCAUCUUCCAGACCCUCUGCAUCACGCCCGACACCCUGGCUUUCAACACCAGCGGGAACGUGUGCUUCAUGGAGCUGCUCAGCGAUGACCCCGAGGGUGCCUUUGUUCCCCCGGAGUUCGAUGUGACCGGGAACACCUUUGAGGCUCACAUCUACUCUCUGGGGGCCACGCUGAAGGCGGCCCUCGAGUAUGUGGCCGAGCCCGAGCCCGAGCCCGAGCCCAAGCUGAGCCAGGACCUGGAGGCCUUACUGAGCCAGAUGCAGGCAGAGAACCCCAGGGACCGGCCAGACCUCCAGAGCAUCAUAGCGCUGUGUGAAAAGAAGAUGCUUUUCACGUCCUCCUGCCGCCUGUGCCGGAGCCUCUCGGCCGUCGGGAGGAGGGUGCUCUCCAUUGAGUCUUUCGGAGCAUUUCAAGAUGUCAGCGAGAGCUCCUGCAGCGGGAGGCCGGCGACAGGAAGCACAGGGCCCAGAAAGCAGCCCGGGGGCCGCACCGCGGACCCAGAGGGCCCGGCCCAGUGCCCCGCCCACGAAGCCCACGGCGCCCCGGAGCAGCCCGCGGCCCUGCCUUCCAAGCCCCUACUGUCGGCCCCCGUGAGAAACGGAGAGCGGCUGGCCAGCCUCGUCUUGGACGCCCAGCGCCCCCUGGGUGACCCGGAGAGGAGCUGCCUGAGGAAAGUGCAGACGUUCCCCAGGCUCCUGCCCGACGGCCCGGAGGCCAGCGCCCUCUGCCUGACGCUGGGCCCCCAGCUGCCCCCAUCGGAGCUCUUCCCUCCAGACCCCAGGAAGGCCUUUCUGGAGGGGAUGAAUGGCCUUUCCAGCUACAAGACACAGCCCUCGGCCAGACUGCGGCCAGAGCAGGAUCCCGAGAUCCGGCAGGGAGGACCCGGAGGCGCCGGCAGAGGUGGGGACGGGGCGUCUGGGGCGCCGGGCUGGGGCCCCACGGAGGAAAGCCCCGCGCCCCCACCCAAGGCCCCUGGAGAUGCAGGCCGAGAACCCGGGACUUGCAGGGCUGAGGAGGGGAUUCUGGACGGAGCUGGGGAGCCGGCUAGCACAGCCACAGAGCAGGGCAUCUCCCUGCAGGACCUCCUGUGCCAGCUGGGCCGGCCCUUCAAGGAGUAUGAGCUCUGGGCUCUGUCCCACGCGUGUCUCAGUGCUCUGCGUGCACACAGCGAGCACCCAGCAUACCUGUGCCUGGACUCCGUGCUGGUGGCCGAGGACGGGGCCGUUCUCUUUGGCCCACCCCCUGCCAAUGGCACUUACGACACGUUUUUUCUGGCUCCUGAAGUUGCAGACCAAGAGCUGGUGACGGAGAAGGCCUCCGUGUACUGUGUGGCUGCGGUCCUGUGGACGGCAGCCAAGUUCAGUGUUCCCCGAGACCACAAGCUGGCCCUGCCUCGCAGGCUCAAGACCCUCCUCUUGGACAUGGCUAGACGCAGCGCCCAGGAGCGGCCGUGUGCGGCAGAGGCCAUCAAGAUAUGCAACACUUACCUCCUUCAGCGAGGCAUGGACAGCAGGAAGAUUUUAGCCCACCUGAGGGCGUCCACCUGCAAGGUUGACCAGGAGGAGGAGACCAUCGGCCUCCAGAACGCUCUCUCGGUGGUGGAGCUGAACCCCAGUGCGAUGCCGCCUCCCGGGCCCAGCUCAGGCUUUGUUCAGGUCGGCGGGGACACCAGGCUGGUGGCAGUGCAGGGGCCCGUGCCCACUCAACCCUCCUGCUGCGAAGCGGCCGCCUCCCUGCCGGCCGCCUUCACCUCGGCAGCCACACACUUCAAGCCCAUUGUACUGGCACCAGAUGCAGGUGACGCCAGGGACCGGGAGGGCGCUGCGAAGCAGGCUCCCGAGACCCAUGGAGCCGUCCCCAGCCAGCAGAUUCCUGACCAGCUGGUACCGGGUGCCGGACCACAGGGAGCAGCCCCAGAGCCUCUCAGAGAGUCCGUGCCGAGAGACACGGGCCAGGGGAACCCCUGCACCCCUCCCCCUGCCCCGGCCAGCCCGCCGGAGGAGGCUUCACCAGCGAUGCCCGCAUCUUCUACGGCUGUCCCACCCCUGAAGGCACAGGUGCCCCCCACGGAGCAAGGGCCAGACCCAGUAGCCCUGCCUGGAGCCUCUUCCGAGGGCCUCAGGCCUCGGCCCCCAGGGUCCAGUGCAGCCCGCCAUGACCUGGGUCACCCAGCCAAGCCGCCCAGGAGCAAGGCCACUGAGGGCCCAGGCCAGGAGCGGGGGGGUCCCCCGUCAGCCCCGAGGGACCCCUCCCUGGCCAAGGCGAGUCCAGACAGCCCCAAGGGCACCUCGGUCCCAGAGCAGGAUGACCAGGCCCCAGACAGUCACCGCGAGCGGCCCCUGCCAGCAGACCGCAAGCUCUGUCCGCCCAGUGUGGACGCCUCACCCCUCCCGAAGAGGACGGCCUGUCCGUCGCUGCAGGAGGCCAUGCGCCUCAUCCAGGAGGAGUUUGCCUUUGACGGCUACUUGGACAACGGGCUGGAGGCUCUGAUCAUGGGGGAAUACAUUUACGCCCUGAAAGACCUCACCUACGCCACGUUCUGUGGGGCCAUUUCGGAGAAGUUCUGUGACCUGUACUGGGGGGAACAGUUGCUGCACAAUCUCUUCCACGUGGUGAACGGGAGGGCAUCGCCCCCGGAGAACGCUUCAGAGGAGGCCAUGUCACAGCCCCAGGGUGACGGGACUAGCGCUCCAAGUGGCUGCUCACUGUCCAGCAAAAGGCCGUCGUUGCACGGGGCGGGGAAGGAGAAACCGGCCACCGCUCGCGUCAGCCGAGCCCCCUGCCCGCCCCCACCACUGUCCGACGUGGACGCAGACGAGCUCUCACGGGGUAACUUUGAGGUGGGAUUCCGGCCUCAGAAGUCUGUCAAAGCCGAGCGGGAACAGCAGCCGGAAGCCGGAGAGCACGGGCAGCAGGGUGGGGGCCCCGAGGCAGUGGCCCGGCUGCCCCGGCCCAAGGACGGCAGCCUGGCUGUGAACCCCGGCCCGGCGGACCUCCAGAGCUGCAGCCCCGGCUGGUGCAGUGCCUUCUACGAGGCCGACUGCUUCGGCGCCGACGUCUACAGCUACGUGCAGGAGUUGGCAAGGCAGAAAGCCGGUGGGGCCAUGGAUGCCGACGCCCAGAGCCCGGCGUCUCUGCUGGAACCCGAAUGCCGCCAGGAGCUGGAGCAGCAGCUCAUGAUAGAGAAAAGAAACUACCGGAAGACUCUGAAGUUCUACCAGAAGCUCUUACAGAAAGAGAAGCGAAGCAAAGGUUCCGAGGUGAAGACCAUGUUGUCCAAACUGAAAGGGCAGCUAGAAGAAAUGAAGUGCAAGGUGCAGUUCCUUGGACUGGUCAAGAAGUAUCUGCAGGUCAUGUACGCCGAGCGGUGGGGCCUGGAGCCCUGCGCCCUGCCCGUGAUCGUGAACAUCUCGGCGGCCCACUGCGACACGCUGGAUUUCAGCCCCCUGGACGAGUCCUCGUCCCUCAUCUUCUACAACGUCAGCAAGCACCCGCGCGGCGGCAGGCAGAGGAAGGCCCGCGUCCUGCAGGCCGGCACGCCCCUGGGGCUCAUGGCCUACCUCUACUCCAGCGACGCCUUCCUGGAGGGCUACGUGCAGCAGUUCCUGUAUACCUUCCGCUACUUCUGCACACCCCACGACUUCCUGCACUUCCUGCUGGACCGCAUCAACAGCACCCUGUCCAGGGCUCACCAGGACCCCACCUCGACCUUCACCAAGAUCUACAAGCGAAGCUUCUGCCUCCUGCAGGCCUGGCUGGAAGACUGCUACACCGUGGACUUCACUCGGAACUCUGGGCUCCUGGGCAGGCUGGAGGACUUCCUCUCUUCCAAGAUCCUGCCCCUGGAUGGCUCUGCAGAGCACCUGCUGGGCCUCCUGGAGGUGGGCACUGACCGGCGGGCCGAGGGCACCUCACGUGGCACAGACCUGGAGGGCCCCAAGGAGGCAGAGGAGGACACCAGGCCUCUCAACGCCCUCUGUAAGAGGCUCUCGGAAGACGGCAUCUCCCGGAAGAGCUUCCCCUGGAGGCUGUCCCGGGGCAACGGGCUGGCGCUGCCCCACCACAAGGAGCGCCAGUACACCAUCGCGUCCGCCCUGCCCAAGCCCUGCUUCUUCGAGGACUUCUAUGGCCCCUAUGCCAAGGCCAAUGAGAAGGGGCCCUACUUCCUGACGGAGUACAGCACCCACCAGCUCUUCUCCCAGCUGACGCUGCUGCAGCAGGAAUUGUUUCAAAAGUGCCAUCCCGUCCACUUCUUAAACUCCCGGGCCCUGGGCGUCAUGGACAAAAGCGUGGCCAUCCCCAAGGCCAGCUCCUCCGAGCCUCCGACCGCCAAGACGUGCAGCUUGUUUCUGCCCAACUACGUCCAGGACAAGUACCUGCUGCAGCUUCUGAGAAGUGCGGACGACGUCAGCACCUGGGUGGCCGCUGAAAUCGUGACCAGCCACACCUCCAAGUUGCAGGUGAAUUUACUGUCCAAAUUUUUGCUGAUCGCGAAGUCUUGCUACGAGCAAAGGAACUUUGCGACAGCCAUGCAGAUCCUGGGCGGCCUAGAGCACCUCGCAGUGAGGCAGUCCCCCGCCUGGAGAAUUCUACCCGCGAAGAUAGCAGAGGUCAUGGAAGAGCUGAAAGCCGUGGAGGUCUUCCUGAAGAGCGACAGCCUGUGUCUUAUGGAAGGACGGCGCUUCCGGGCCCAGCCCACUCUGCCCUCGGCGCGCCUCCUGGCCAUGCACAUCCAGCAGCUGGAGACGGGGGGCUUCACCAUGACUAACGGGGCCCACAGAUGGAGCAAGCUCAGGAACAUAGCCAAGGUGGUGAGUCAGGUCCACGCGUUCCAGGAAAACCCCUACACGUUUGCCCCCGACCACAAGCUGCAGUCCUACCUCAAGCAAAGAAUCGCCCGCUUUAGCGGGGCCGACAUCUCCACAUUGGCGGCCGACAACAGGGCCUCCUUCCACCAGAUCACCAGCGAGAAGCACUCCCGCAAGAUCCAGGACAAGUUACGGAGAAUGAAAGCCACGUUCCAGUAACGGGGGGGUGGAUGUGAUGAGAAUGCCAAAUCGGGGACAGGACUGGGGCAGAAAAGAGCUGCCCGCUUGCCGUCCAGGCCCAGGAAGUCCGUGCAGCCCAGCCUCUGCUGCCCCGGACGGGGGACCCCCAGUGCAGGAGCCAGGGCCCAGCCGCGGCGUCGGGGUGCAUGCCCGGGGGGCUCUGGGGGGUGGAGGCUCGAGGGCCUUGCCGAGAGGGAGAGGAUGGGGGCUCUGGUGGAGGUUGGGGUAUUGCUGCUAGUUUAAAACUAUAUUUUAAAAUUAACACAAAAAUAGAAUAAGUAAACUCCCCAGGAGCCACAUACCCAUUUAUACUUCUUAGAGAUAAACCGCUCUCUGCCAACUCUCCAGGGAUCCCGCCCCCCCAAAACCCCACAGCCACCCACCCUGACUCAGAGCAUUGUUUUCUUGAGUCCGGCUUAUGUCUGCCCAGCAACCAAGGACCAAACUGACCUCUGACCCCCGUGCCAACCAUAGGCUCCAGGGGUGUCCGAAACCUUCCCCUGGGGCCCUGAGGCUUCCUUCCCAGUGGCCCAAGCCCCAGCCUGGGCCCACACUCCUACCCUCAGGCGUCCUCCCACCCCACAAAACCCCCCUCCCCACCCCCAGACCUCCCCCAUACCUCACACCUA